AUAAGAAAAUGAAACUGGAGAAAAUGAUAAUGAAAUUUUACAAUCCUUCCUUCGUGAAAUUUUAUUCAAUGAAGCUUUAGAAAUCAUGAUGACAAAUGAAGACAAUCACUCUGAAAAAAACACUUGAACUGGAUUUUCAUCUUGUGCUUGUGACAUCGAAACACCGAAUCCAUGGAGACGAACAGCUUCGAUUUCCGGAGUGAUACUUUGAGUCUCACUCUAUCAGAGUUAAACGAUGAAGAAUACCAUUUACCGGCUGUCGAUGAAACACCUACGUUAGAAAGUAUCCUAAACGAAGAUGAAUCUUCUUUGUUAAGUGAAGAUGAGCUAGCCCAGUUAUUACCAAUUCAAGUUAGAAAUAAUUUCGAAGAAAGUGAAGAUAAUCUAUCUGUAGGAAGCUUCGGAUUAUACAGAAGUAAUCAGAGUUUAUCCCCAGCACUGUCUAUUUCACAAUACAAAUAUGAUCCUGGGAACAUCCUUAGGCAUUCCACCAUGAAAACCAUCUCAGCACAAUUACGUUCUGCCAGUGAACGUAUCAAUGCUGGUCAUCCUUCGGUAAUGUGUGUAUCAACCAUAAUCGCGAUCGGAACAUCGUAUGGCUUAGUGUUAGUAUUCGAUGCUAUGCAAACAUUGAGAUGGUGCCAUGAAAUGGAUAUCGAACAAAGUUCUGUUUCUGCGCUAAAUUUCAACGGUGAUUGUACAAGGCUUUUAGCUGGAUACGCUUGUGGAACCAUAUUAAUGUUUGAUGUUACCGAUGGCAAAGUAUUAAGGACUAUGAAUGAUGUACAUACUCCAUCCACUGCCGUACUUCAUGUCAAGUUUACAGACGUACCUACGUUGGCAUUAUGUAGCGAUAGUGGAGGAUCAGUUUUUGAAUUGAAUUUUAAAAGAAUGCUCGGUGUAAGAGGAGUCGACUCUAAAUGCAUUUUCUCGGGAAGUAGAGGUGAAGUCUGUUGUAUAGAACCUUUAUUACUUCAUCAUCUUAAUUCACAUCCUUUGCGAGGAAGUGUAUUGGUAGCUAUGGCUACUCUUACCAAGUUGAUUGUGGUCAGUAUAAGACCUGUAAUGAAAGUCUUGCUUACUCAUACCGUUAAAGCCGACCCUUGUUCGUUACCAUUUUUAUCGUGGCAAUUUGUAGUAAUUCAGUUAUCAGAAAAUUCUCGAAUAAUGGAUCCAGUAUUAGCUUUCGCUAGAGAUCGCAGUAUUUAUUUUUAUCAAGUGAAUAUAAAUAAAAAUAAUAAAUUAAGAUGUACAGCGUUGCAAAAAUUAGACUUGGAUUAUUCCCUACUUACGUGUAAUUGGCUGAAUACUAGAACCAUAGCAGCAUUAGAUACGAAGGAGCAACUUCAUUUGGUUGAUGUUCGCACAAAACAAGAACUAGAAAAAAUAGACUUAUCCACCGUAGGACUCGUGUAUAAUUCGAGUCAUUUCAAGGGGCUUUCGACUGGAGGAAAUGUCAGCAAAGCUAUGGCGUUAGCUGGAGAAAGAGCUUGUUACAAUACAGUACAAAGUUACGGGAAUCAAGUACUAUUCUUAGGAUUAAAAUCAUGUCACGUUGUUAGUAUUCGAAGCUGGAUUGAACGAUUGGAUUCGCUUGUUGAUAAAGGACGAUUCGAAUGUGCUCUGAGAUUAGGAAUUGAAUUCCUCGAAGAACGAGGUAAAAUCAUUCUAGGCCUUCGAGGACCUCACCAUCAACGUUACAAUCUGGUAAAAAACAAGGUUAUUGAUAUUUUAGUCACGUACAUCGAUUUGGUGCUCAAUGGUGGUACCACAACUGUACCGAUUACCAGCUCUAUCAAUACGAUUAUCAAUAUGGCUCUCGUACUAGACCAAAAGCAAUUACUUUACCAACGAAUGUGGGAAGGGUUCGAAUAUAACGACGAUACCAUUUGUCGAGAUAUCUUCUUGUUGGGUUUAAGUUCUGUGAUAUGCGAAGAGAAACUGAACGAUAUUCCACCCAUUAUUAUGCAACAGUUGGUCGCUCAUUUGGCUGAUAUGCAAAUGCACAAGGAAUUGGAACUUAGCAUAUUGAACGUAAAUAUCGAAUGCCUGGAUAUCCAGCAAGCUCUCCAGUUGAGCAGACAACACUCAAUGCACUGUGCUUUGAUAUCAAUUUGGAAUAGAGCUAUGCGAGAUUAUAUAAGUCCUUUGCAAGAACUACUUCCUAGAUUGAACUUGGCUAUGAUAUCGGGUCGUAAUCAUUAUGCUCGAGAUCUCGGUAAUAAAUUAUUAGUAUAUAUUAGUUGCUGUUUCGGCGGACGAGGAUAUCCAACGGGAGAUAUCGACGAAUCUCUGGUGGAAGGUGUGCGAAAUCAAGUAUUUCAGUGUCUUUGUAAUCAGCACAGUGUAAAUGCCGAAGACGACGAAGAGAUUUACCCAUAUUUAAGUUGUUCUUAUAGGAUAUUGUUAAAAUUCGAUACCAAAGAGUUCCUUAAUGUAUUAGCGAUGGCAUUCAACGAUGAUAAAUUUUCGCCUCAGUUGAAGCAAAGAAUUGUCGAUAUUCUUAUUCUAGUCAUUUCUCAAAGUACUACUUUCAAGGUUUCCGAAAUAGGAUGGAUAUUUACGUUUCUUUGUCUGCAAAGCUCGGCGGAAAAAUCUCGUAAAAUAAAUAUCGAUCCUGCGAUGUACGAUAAAGUGAUAAACAUGUUAGUCAACGAUAAAGAUCUCAAUACUCACGAAGAAAGACAACAAGCUUUUCUAGAUCUGAUGCUGGCUGAUGAUUUUCAACAUUUUCAAGUCGAUCAGUUGUUAACAAUGGCGAGGAAUGCUGAAUUUUAUCGAGUAUGCAGCGAAAUACACUCACAGAAAGGUGAAUAUGGCCAAGUACUAAGGUGCUACUUACUUGAUCCGCAUCGUAAACUGCAGGUAUUCGAUUACCUAGAACAUACUUCAAAUAAAAAAGAGCUUCAUGCGAACGUUAUGGAAAAUUUUGACAAUUUAUUGGAAAUCAAUAGCGAAAAGACCGGUUUCAUUUUUGGUAAAUAUUAUCAAGACGAUAUACCAAAUGUUAUUCAUCAAAUUAAAUCGAAACAGCAAUAUUAUUUUCUCAAAGGUGCUAUGUUUUGUACCGAACUGGAUAGCUCUUUAAUUACAUUAUUUAUGCAGUUAAUGUGCCAAUACUGCGAAGAGAUUGAAAUUCUACGAUUUGUACAAACGCACAAGAAUCUCCAAUUAGAACCAGCUCUCAAAGCAGCCAGAGAACGUAAAUUAUCCAGAGUGAUGGCAAUUCUGCUCGAACGCAGAGGCGAUUAUCAAGCUGCCUUUGAUAUACUAUUCGAUCGUCUCAAAGAAUCUAUUAGUAAAAGUAUCGAUAUCGAAGACGCCACCGAAGAAUUGGUCAGUCUGGUGCACAGAGGAUCGUCGGUGCUAGAAUCAAAAACUACCUGGUUACCAUUAUUACAAUGCUUGUCUACUUUGAAUUCUCGAGAAUUAUUGAGACGAGUUUUGGGUAGUGCUGAUUUGAAUCUCGCCACCGAACUGCAUCUCCUGUUGCAGCAUAAUUCUGGAACAUUGGGCGAUUACAGGAAUUUAAUCACGGGUUUAUUUGAUAAGUGCGCUUAUGAACAUUCCAUGUUGAAAUCGGUUAGUAAAGCUGUGUAUUCAGAUUUACACAAUCAACUCGCCAGUACUUUGGCUGCCGCGAAAAAAGGAGUUUCUAGUCCUGACUAUUGUACCUCAUGCAGACAUUCCUUCAAAAAUCAACUGUUAUUGUUUAGGUGUGGGCACGGUUAUCAUGUUGAAUGUGCUGAAGCUCUAGACACAAAAUGUUCUCAGUGUUCGUCUACUUCAUGAAAAUCGCAUCUUUAUCUCAUUUUAUUUUUUUCGUAUUUUUUUCUCUGUGCAUAACUACCUACCUACAUAUACUUAUUGUAAAAUCGUAUACGUAUACAUUGCAAUACCUACCUAUUCUGAAACGUCGCAUUUAUUACGUUCUAUGGUUUAAGUAAACGCUUUUUUGAUUUAUCUCGAUGAACAUUUUACUUACCUCUUUAUGCAUGAAUUAUUUUUUACAACAUCAUGGUUAUAAUAUUUGCGUUAUUUCAUUACAUUAAUUAAUUACGAUUACUAGUACAUACCAUAUUUUGUAUGUAGCAUCAAUUUUCGAAAACUUUCAUAGUAUUAUCACAUUAUUCCAUUACGUAUUUAUUUAUUGAUCGUAUUUAUCAUCAAAGAUGAAAAAUAAUAAACUCGUUAUAGUUUUGUUGUUUAUUUAUAGGUUGAUUUUCAUUUUCAUUUGUGGUAUUAUUUUAUCUCGAACAGAUCCGAUGUAAUAUAAUAUAUUGCUUUAUUGUUUAGGGUUUCGAAGGAAAAAAAAAUUAGGAAUUUUUUCAUCCUUCCAAUUAUUUAGACCACCUUAUCCUAUGAAUGAAAAUAUCGAAACUUGAUACGUGAUGGGUAUGAUGGAAAACUUCUUCUAAAAUCUGCUACAACAGCUGAUUUUUGCAGGUGUUUUCAACACGCAUGCGCGUUUACCAAAUUUUCUCGCAGUCUGUCGCAUUUCGUACGUUUCUAUUACGUCAUGUGGAAGCCUUUUAGCUGUCAUUUUGAAUCACAGUAUUUUUUAGAAAUGUUUACUGCUGAAUAAUUUCAAUAGACAAACCAAAAAUGAAACCAUCAAAGCAGAAUUAACAACCGAUUGGACCUUCAAACGUUGCGAUGAUGUCCUUCCUAUGGGUCCUUUUUGUGCUUCUACUAUUGUUGUUAUUUCUACCUGCUAUGAUUUGCAUUCUUUUAUGCGGUUGCAAUCUUUCUCAAUACGGCCCUAGUGCCACUGAUACAGUUACUUAUCAACUCGACGGUGGCCAUACCGAUUUUGUCACUCGAAUUGAUAAUACAGAUUGCGGUGCUGAUGGUGGACAUCAUGGGGGAGAUCAUGGUGGGGAUGGAGGUGGCUGUGAUGGUGCUGAUGGAGGAGCAGGCGAUGACUGUGGAAUGUGGUGGGUUAUAUUAUAAUUUCAAUUUUUACCAUUUGUUUUGUACUGUUUAGGGAUUUUAAUUUUGUAAUACUUUCUCAAAAAUUAAAAAAAUUGUGUGUUUUUGUAAA